UUGGGUAUUAAGUGGUUCGUUCAAGAUGGCGUUGUCCUCUUCGUCGGGACGCGUUUGGACUCUUUGCAAACAKUUUCAGAAAGUCGUCAGGAUAUCUUCGGUGGUAAAUGCUCAGCAUCGUGCUGUCAGUUUGACAAGAGGCCAGAACAAACAUUUCAGUGAUCUAUCCGMAGUGGUCGCUCCCAUUAGUUUUGUGGGUCAGUAUCGAGCUGUGCACACAACAGCCAGCAUCAGAGGACUGGAAGAGUUCUUUGACUUCCCUGAGAAUUGGGGAGAGUCCACUGUGAAGUCAGGAGGACCGUGGACUUGCAAACUGCUGAGAGCAAAGAGCAACGAGGAAUUGCACAAACUCUGGUAUGUGCUGCUGAAAGAAAGGAACAUGCUGUACACUAUUGAGCAGGAGGCAAAAAGGCAAAAGGUUCCGAUGCCGAGCCCUGAAAGGGUGAAGAAGAUUGAGCGGUCGUUGGACAGAGUGGACAGAGUGGUGACUGAAAGGGAGACUGCGCUCCGUCUGCUGCAGACAGGGCAGCCGAAGGGCCGACCAGGAGCUUGGAGGGAUAAUAUAUUUGGAUACACCAUCUGGCAUCGAUUCAGAGAGUAUGCAAUUCCCUGGUACAUGAAUAGGCGCUACAAGCGCAAAGUGUUUUACACACCCUCCUUCGUUAAACCGUUUAUAAGGCUGCGUAUAGAAAAGCACCUUCGGGAAAAGGCCAGAAAGCGGAGAGGGAAGUACCAAAAACUUAAAAAAUUAAAGAAGAGGUUUCCUGACAUGAAGGUUCCUGCUUCAUGGUUUAAGUGAGUUUUGUACUGCACUUAAUUAGCUCGUGCAACUUGCUGAAAAUAAGUGCAUUCGUUCAGCUGUUAUUUGAUCCUAUAUUAAAAAUUGUGAUGCCAA